AUGGCUGCUCAAUAUCCCGACUUCGACAAGCUUCCACUGGACAAGACUGGCCCUCGGGGUAAUGCAUGGGGACUUUGGGGAAACGACGACCAGCUGGGAACUCUGAAUCAUUUGACAGAUGAGGCAGUUGGACAAGCAGCAAGAGAGAACAUCAAGACUGGGACCAGGCUGUCAUUGAAGCUAACAGCACAGUUGUACUACAUGGGCCGCAAAGCCGAGGAGUUUGCCGCAUCGGACCACCCGAAUAGCAUCCACCAUGUCUCAGCCAAAGGAAUCGCGGGCCGCGCUGUCUUCAUUGACUGGUACUCAUGGGCGCUCGCUCAGGGCCUCGAAAUCGAUGCCAUGUCAUCAUACGAGGUCCCCUUUGACCAGAUUGUCAAAACUCUGGGGUUUCAAAACAUGAACCUUGACUCUUUGCGAGCGGGGGACAUCGUCGUAAUUCGCUUCGGAUAUCUGUCCCAAUACGAGAAUAUGGAGCCUGCAAAGCGCGAGUAUCUCGACAAACUUUACCAAACGAAAAAGCCAGAUAAUAUUGGACUCAAGCCAUCCGAUGAACUUUUGAGGUUCCUCUGGAAUAGUAAGGUUGCGGCGAUCUGCGGAGACUCACGGUCGUUGGAAGUUUGGCCAUGUAAAGACCUGGACUGGCAUUUGCAUGAGUGGCUUCUGGCAGGUUGGGGUAUGCCUAUUGGGGAACUCUUCUACCUGGAAGAACUUGCCAAGACAUGUAAGGCGCUGGAGAGAUACACUUUCUUCAUGUCAAGUUCACCGAUGAACGUACCUGGGGCUGUUGCAAGCCCGCCAAAUGCCCUUGCAUUCUUUUGA